CUCAAUAACUUAAUUAGUAUACAUUUUUUAUCUUAAUGAAUUUUAAAAAGAUAUUUUUUUACCAAUAAAAAUUCCUUCAUUUAUCAGAUCUUAAUCGAUCCAAGCGUUUUCGAAAGCUUUGAAAUCACUUUUUUGUUUUUGCGACGCUAGGACCCAUCUUAUUAGAGACCUGUCGUAAUAAAGUGGUCUAUUAUUAUUAUUAUCUAGCGUCGUAAUCAAAAAUUCCGUAAUAAAUAAUACUCUCAAGUUGCUCAAGUAAAUAUAAUGGGUUUUAUCAAAACGAAACAACACAAUUAAAUACGCAUACAGAAAGACUAAUAAGAGUUAACGUAUUAGUAUAAAAUUGUAAACAAAAUUAGCAUAAAGUAAUAUAAUCGAAGUACAUAGUGCUAUUUUUAAUCUGGAUAGUCAUAAAUGAAAUCCUGAUUCAACAAUUACACUGAGGCAUGGCUGUACCUGCUGAUGAAUCAUUUGAAGACUUUUUUAAUUGUGAAACUCUUAGUGACCGCAUUCUUUAUAUAGUUGAAGUAGAGGAGUGUCCAAACUCUUACAGCAACCACAAAUCAAGUCAUAGUGAAUUAUUUAGAAAAGAAAAAAAAAAUCAAUUUUGUAGUGAAGAAAGUAUCAGCAGUGAACCAAAGCGUGCUAAAAUCUCUCCAACCAUUAAUAAUAUUGAAUAUGAAGAUGAUGAUACUGUUGAUAAAGAAAUAUUUGAGUUUACUGAUACACUAAGUGAGCAAGAAAAUCUUGAGGAGCAAGAUGCUCCAUUGAUUACAAUAAAACAAGAAGAAUGUACUGAGAUUGGAUCUGUAGUACUAACCAAUGCAGCAUCACCGUUUGUAGUUAAAAAUUUAGAGCUAAACAUAGAGCCUGAGUUUUCAGUUGAUGAUAUGAUCAAAUCUGUGAAUCAGUCUUCAGAGGUGACCUUACAGGUUUUACAUAAGACUAUGUCUGGAGAUAUGCCACUUGCAUCUGGUUUGCAAACACCAAAACAAGUUAAUUUAUUUGCUUCACGAAGUUCACCCUGUUAUGUUCACAGUUCAGUGAAAACUGAACUUAUACAUGAUUCUAAUACUGAAUGUUCAUUAAAACCAUCAAAAAUUGAACAACCAAAAUCAAAGCGUAUUAUCAAAGAAACAAAAGUUUAUGUACAUAGUGUCAUUUUAGCUGCUAAAAGUGAAUUUUUUAAAUUAUUGUUAUCUACUUCAGGAAUGAAAGAAACGAAAGAAAAAGAUGUUCGCAUUGAGGUAGAUAAAGAUGAAACGGAAAAUAUGAUGAUCUUGCUUCAUUGUUUUUAUAACAAAAAAACAUUAGAUGAGCACAAACUUGGUACAAUAUUUCGUGUGUGUUCUCUGGCAAUGAAGUACUGUUUUGACGGUCUUAUUGAUAAAUGCUUAGACAUUUAUAGACUUAGAGCUGAAUCAUCGAUAACCGAUGUUGAAGAUAUUAAUCAAAUUGCUUCAAUGGUGUCAAAAAUUCAAACUGAGCUUCAACAACAUAAAGAUAAAUGUUUAAAGGUCAUGAAAUCGUGUUGGCCGUUGCUCUUAAAAAGUUUUUAUCCUUUAGAUGAAUGCUUAGAAAAAACACCUUUAAAAUUUUUUCAACUACAUUUGCAAUCGAUGUAUUGGUUCUUAGAACCUAAUGUUCAAGCGAGGUUCAAUAACGACCACGGAAAUCUUUUUGUAUAUGCUAUGCAACGUUGGUUAAAAGCCCACGCUAGUUUUUUAAGUAAUGAAGUUUUUAAAAAUGAAAUAAUCCUAUUUGUUGAAAAGCUCUUAAACACUGUAAAACUUACUGAUCUUACCGGUGACUUUCUUACAAACGUAAUGACAUAUGAACUAUCUCCGUUCAACAUAUGGCCUGGGUACAAAAAUUGGUACAUAAAAGCGUUGCAAACAUUUGUUUACCGAUACCAUUCAAACGGAAGUACAAUAAAUGAAAAACCGUUUCCAAUUAUCAAGAGAGUUCGUAACUUGAAAUUUAUCCGACGUGAAAAUAAUACUACAGACAUAUUCGCAUUACGAACGCCUGUUAUUUUAAACGGGUUUGAAAUAGGUAUAUACUUCCGUCUGGGAGACGAUAGGAGAAUGUAUGUGAUAUGCAAGUGUAAAAACAUCAGUAUUAACCGUGCAGGUUUUGAUAAGUGUUCGCUAACCUUUAAUUUGCAAGGGACGCUUAAACUUCAUUCACAUGACAAUAUGUUUAUAGAAAAGUUUCCUUCCACUUGCAGCCAAUGGCUUCAUGAAUGGUUUACUUUUUCUUACAAACAGAGUUCAAUGUGUUUACAAAUGUAUGCAGUUUGUAAACUUAGUCCAGCGGUUUAUUGUCUUAGUAAACAAACUGGUUUUUUGUGUACAUUUCAAAUGCAACAAUUAAAGUAGGUUGAUACAAACAAGUAUUAUAUAUACUUAUGAUAAAUAAUGGAAGAAAUUUAAAUAAAUAGAA